UGCUAAUUGUACCAACUCGUAUCUUUAGAACUUUUUUCCUUCUUCUUCUCUUUGUUGCCCUUCUUCUUUCUCCUUUUCGUACUUUUAGAUUGGUAGUCUCCUCUGCUAUUGGAGAGAUGGCCAUUGAGCAGUACAAGGAUGUUGAGAAUUGUGAUAACCAAGGCCUUGAAGACCUUCAGGAGCCUUUGGUUAAGCUGGAGAAGAAGGUUGUGAGCUACGAAGACAGUGAGAACGAUGAGAGUGUUGAAAGUAGUUGUUCCAUUGCGAUGGUGUUGCUAAGCACAUCUGUUGCUGUUUGUGGCUCUUUUGAAUUCGGCUCUUGUGAACCAAAAAUUGUUUGAGGGGAAAGGAGAGAAAAAAAUGGGGGUUUUAGGCCUAAGUAAUUACUUUUGGCAGGUGGGUUAUUCUGCCCCAACUCAAUCUGCUAUCAGGGAAGAUCUCGGCCUCUCCCUGGCGGAGUACUCGAUGUUUGGCUCUAUAUUGACCAUUGGCGCCAUGCUUGGUGCUAUUACGAGUGGUCGAAUUGCAGACUUUAUUGGUCGAAAAGGGGCAAUGCGAAUGUCGGCAAUCUUCUGCAUUGCAGGAUGGCUAGCAGUCUACUUCUCUAAUGGGGCAUCAUGUCUCGACAUGGGAAGGUUCUUCACAGGAUAUGGAAUUGGAGUUUUCUCAUACGUUGUUCCUAUAUUCAUAGCCGAAAUUGCACCAAAACAUCUUCGUGGAGGGCUCACAACUCUAAAUCAGCUCAUGAUUGUCGUUGGAGCAUCGGUCGCAUUUCUAAUUGGAACCAUUGUAACUUGGAGAACUCUGGCUCUGACGGGACUUGUACCCUGCAUCGUGCUGUUUGUGGGUCUAUUCUUGAUCCCAGAGUCGCCUAGAUGGCUGGCAAAGGUUGGUCGCGAGAAAGAGUUCCACUCGGCACUUCAGAAACUCCGUGGCAAAGGUGCCGAUAUCUCUCGAGAAGUUGCUGAAAUCCAGGUUUAUAUAGCAACUCUUCAGAGUCUGCCCAAAGCCAGAAUGGUGGAUCUGUUUCAAAGAAAGUACAUACGAUCCAUUAUCAUCGGUGUUGGGCUGAUGGUAUCCCAACAAUUCAGCGGAAUCAACGGGAUAAGUUUCUACGUCAGUGAAACCUUUGCUUCAGCUGGUCUUUCCUCAGGGACGACAGGAACAAUUGCUUAUGCUUGUGUCCAGGUUCCGAUAACUUUAAUCGGAGCUAUACUGGUGGAUAAAUCUGGAAGGAGGCCACUCAUAAUGGUUUCUGCAACCGGAACAUUUUUAGGCUGCUUUCUUGCAGGAUCUUCAUUCUUUCUCAAGGCACAUAACAUGUUUCCAGAAUUUGUACCGCUCAUGGCAGUUAGUGGAGUUUUGAUUUUCAUCGCAUCAUUCUCAAUCGGGAUGGGGGCUGUUCCGUGGUUGAUAAUGUCUGAGAUUUUUCCAAUAGACAUCAAAGGAGCAGCUGGCAGCCUAGUGGUGCUAGUGAACUGGCUGGGUGCUUGGGCAAUCUCUUACACAUUCAACUUCCUCAUGAACUGGAGUAACUCAGGUACGUUCUUCAUUUACUCCGGCUUCUCGGUGUUGACCAUCCUGUUCGUGGCAAAACUGGUCCCGGAAACGAAGGGCAAGACCCUGGAAGAGAUCCAGGCCUGCAUCAACUCAGACAGCAGAGAGCUGCCCAUCUUGAAAUGAUCUUUGUGGGGGACAACUAGAAGAAAGUUUUAGAUAUUUAUGUUUGGGGGAGUAGAUGUGAGAAUGGCAUAAAGGGUUCAUCUGUUCUAACUUUGAGUAAGCAUGCACUGUUUGGUAUCAUAUAGGGAAUUGCCUAGCUGGUUCCAACGAUGUAAAACAAAUGCUAUGGUACAAAAAAUGCAGAAUUCUGCAGGUCACUUUUCAUGUUUCAGAAAUAUUUCAUAAUUUUGGUGACUGA